AUGGCUGACCAGGACGUGGAUUUGGACUCUAUCAUUGAUAGACUGUUGGAAGUGAGGGGCAGCCGGCCUGGAAAACAAGUGCAGUUGCUGGAGUCUGAGAUUCGUCAUUUGUGUACCAAGGCACGAGAAAUUUUCAUUUCACAACCCAUUCUGCUCGAACUGGAAGCGCCCAUCAAGAUUUGCGGUGAUAUCCACGGCCAAUACUACGAUCUUCUACGUCUUUUCGAGUACGGUGGUUUCCCUCCCGAGGCAAACUACCUCUUCCUUGGUGACUAUGUCGACCGUGGCAAGCAGUCCCUCGAGACCAUCUGCCUGUUGCUUGCGUACAAGAUCAAAUAUCCCGAAAACUUCUUCAUUCUCCGCGGUAACCACGAAUGCGCCUCGAUCAACCGUAUCUACGGAUUCUACGAUGAGUGCAAGCGUCGCUACAAUAUCAAACUCUGGAAGACUUUUACCGAUUGCUUCAACUGCUUGCCCAUUGCCGCCAUUAUCGACGAGAAGAUCUUCACCAUGCACGGAGGCUUGAGUCCGGAUCUCAACUCCAUGGAGCAGAUUCGCCGUGUGAUGCGUCCAACUGAUAUUCCCGACUGCGGUUUGCUCUGCGAUCUCCUCUGGUCCGAUCCCGACAAAGACAUCACCGGUUGGAGCGAGAAUGAUCGAGGUGUUUCGUUUACGUUUGGACCAGACGUUGUGUCUCGUUUCUUGCAAAAACACGACAUGGACCUGAUCUGCCGAGCCCACCAAGUCGUCGAGGACGGUUACGAAUUCUUCUCGAAGCGACAGUUAGUGACCCUGUUCAGUGCGCCCAACUACUGCGGUGAAUUCGACAACGCCGGUGCGAUGAUGAGUGUGGAUGAGAGCUUGCUCUGUUCAUUCCAGAUUCUGAAACCAGCCGAAAAGAAACAAAAAAGAAGAAGUAAAUACGAGCUUUUCCAUGUGCAGCAGGUUCGGACGGAAAUAGAACAGCAGAUUGACAUCACUUCGGUUCAACACCCCGACUUCCUUGACUCGAACGAUCGCCAUGACCUGACCGACUCAGCAACGCUCACCGACUCGACCUCGCAUCUCGAUACGAUCGGACCGGACCAAUCUACAUUAAUUACCUUGUUUUACUAUUUUCGUUCCAUGGAUCUGGUCCGACCAUCGCCUCCCUCCAUUGUACCUCCAGAGUCGGAUCGUUCCUUUCGAUGA